AUGGCUCCGCUUUUCAUCUCCGACGAGCGCAGCAUUGCGGUGUCGCUGGAGCGGCUGUGGAAUGUGUUCUCUGACCCGCUGGCCAUGCCCAAGGUCUGCGCUGGCUUCUUCGACGCCAUUGAGCUCGAGGGGGAUGGUGGGCCAGGCACCAUCAGCAUAUUGAAGUUUAACCCUGCUAUUAAGCAGGGGUCAUACAAGACACGGCUGGUGGCACGUGACGACGCUACUCAUUUUAUCAAGUCAGAGGUUCUACACGUGCCGCUUGGUAGGGCGGGCAAGAUGAAAUCACAGUCGACAGAGAUGAAGUUCGAGGCCGCUGGCGUCAGCUCUUGUGUGGCCAAGCUGAAGCUGGACUAUGAACUUGAAGAAGGUGGGCCACUCUCACCGGAGAAGGAGAAGAUAGUCCUCGACGGCUACUUUGGCAUGAUCAAGAGGAUUGAGGAUUACCUCAUCGCUCACCCUACGGAAUACGUCUAAGGACUUGUUUGGAGGAGCUUCUUCCAGCUGCAGUUUUUUCCAAAAGCUGCUUCUACCAGAAGCUGUCCCAAACUGACACGGUACUUACAUCUAUCGUGCAUUUCUGUUUGUUUGUGUGAUAGUUAAAUAAAGUUGGGAUAGCCACAACAUGAAUCCAUUUUGUUGU